GUCAUGGAUUGACGACGUCGCAAAGCCGGUGCUUCGCGCAAGCUUCGCCAUCGUGUGAGCCAUCUUCUACUCCAUGGCACCCCGCAUGUUCGGAUCUUCGUCCGGCAUACGAACCCCCGCCCCCGCCACCAGCCUCAACCCGGUCGUCGUCUGGAGUCGGUCCGAUCUUCCGGACCAGCUAUUUAGGGGAAAACCGGGUGCCCGAAGAAAAUACUGGAUGCAGUCGUAUGCGGUCGUGGGGACCCCGGUAGGUGUCGGGUCCGAUCAGGCCUCACACUGCAACCGAUUGCCAGAGACCGUCCGGCGGUCUGCGAGUUCCGCGCAGACGACGGCCGACUCGAAACUCGCACAGGGGUCGCAGGGUUCUGGCGGAGGUGGUCGUAUCGCAUCCGGGACGCGGGCAUCGUCGGGGGGGAAGGUGCGCGAUCGAUCGUGCCCGCGCCUGCAUGCGGGUUUGUUCGAGAACCGUGUAAAUCAUCACCCCUGUCUUGGCGGCUCGGGCCAAUGGUCGUUCUCUGCUUGUUCGGUUUCGUCCCUGUCUUUGGUCGCAAAGAGUUCGCAGAGAGAGACGAUAUCGCUCGCAGGGUCACUCAUCGUCGUCGGGUAGAUAGAACCAGCCUGGGAAUGACGUAGCUUACACACGCAGAAUACAUCCCACUUUCUGUCGUCCACGCCCGAAUAACCGACCCGGCCGACGAGUAUGGCACAUUCGGAAGAUCGAAACAUCCAGCGGAUGACGCCGGGGAGGAACUUGGAAGACCUAUUGUCGCACGUUCUCGACGGGGGCGGCCCAUGGGGUGCCGGCGCCCUUCUGCGACGCGUCCCUUACGCGACCCCUCCCCCGCCUCCUCGUACCUUCCCCGCCCUAUAAAACCGGGCCAUGGCCGUUCUUUGUCCUCCAGUGCAUCCGCAUUCUAUCGCCCUUCUCACCGCUCAAAUCUCGCCCUCUCCCUACCCUCUCGCUUCACAAUGGCUGGCGGUGGCGCCGUAUCAUCAGGUGCCGGCGUUGGCGAACACAUCCAAUCCAAGUCCAAGCUCGCCGGAGUCCUCAUCGUCGCGUUUGCCGCGUUCGGUGGUGUGCUCUAUGGCUACGACACCGGUACCAUCUCCGGUAUCAAGGAGAUGCAGAACUGGCUCUGCACGUUUGGCACCCAGCACUCCGACGGCACCUGUACCAUAGACUCGGGCCGGGAAUCGCUCGUCGUCUCCAUCCUCUCCGCUGGUACGUUCUUCGGUGCCUUGCUCGGUGCGCCCAUGGGCGACAUUGUCGGUCGCAAAUGGGGUAUCGUGUUCUCCUGCUUGGUCUUCUCCAUCGGUGUCGCUAUGCAAACCGCUGCGACUCAAAUCGCCCUCUUCGUCGUCGGCCGCGUCUUCGCCGGUCUCGGCGUCGGUCUCAUCUCAACCCUCGUCCCCAUGUACCAAUCGGAAUGUGCACCCAAGUGGAUUCGUGGCGCUGUCGUGUCCGGCUACCAAUGGGCCAUCACUAUCGGCCUUCUCCUCGCCGCCAUCAUCAACAAUGCCACCAAGAACCGCGCGGAUCACUCCUCCUACCGCAUCCCCAUCGCCAUUCAGUUUAUCUUUGCCGCCGUCCUUUCCGGCGGACUUGCCCUUCUGCCUGAGUCUCCCCGUUGGCUCGUAAAGAAGGGCCGCCACGCCGAGGCCGCUGCCGCUCUCGGUCGUCUCACCUCCGUCUCGGCCGACGACAUCGCCGUUCAGCUCGAGAUCGCCGACAUCCGCGCCAACCUGGAAGCGGAGACCGCCCUCGGCGAUUCGUCGUAUCUGGACUGCUUCCGCGGCCAGGGCAACAAGAUCGGUUUCCGCACGUUCACGGGUAUCGCAAUCCAGGCGCUCCAGCAGCUCACCGGCAUCAACUUCAUCUUCUACUACGGUACCACGUUCUUCAAGAACUCCGGUAUCAAGGACGCCUUCAUCAUCACCAUUGCGACCAACGUCGUGAACGUCGGCAUGACCGUUCCCGGAAUGUGGGGUGUCGAACGCUUCGGGCGUCGACGCCUGCUCCUCAUCGGCGCUAUCGGCAUGUGCAUAUGUGAAUACCUCGUCGCCAUCAUCGGUGUCACAGUUUCCGUGAACGAUCACGCCGGCCAGCAAGCCCUCAUCGCCCUCGUCUGCAUCUACAUCGCCUUCUUCGCAUCUACGUGGGGUCCUAUCGCAUGGGUCGUUGUCGGCGAAAUAUACCCCCUCAAUAUCCGUGCCAAGGCGCUGUCUAUGGCUGCCGCCUCCAACUGGCUCUGGAAUUUCGGCAUCGGCUACGCCACCCCCUACCUUGUCAACAAGGAAGCGGGCUCUGCCGGCCUCGAGUCCAAGGUGUUCUUCAUCUGGGGCUCAACCUGCUUGUGCUGCAUCAUCUUCACCUACUUCUGCAUACCCGAGACCAAGGGUCUCUCCCUCGAACAAGUCGACAUCCUUUACCAGAACACGACUCCGCUCCGCUCUAUUGCUUACCGCAAGCAGAUGCUCGAGAACGACGUUCACGCCUCGGAUCCUCACGCACUCGACAAGAUUCGCCACGAGCACAUCGAAGAGAAGGUUUAAUCAAUACGUUACUCGGAACGUCAACAAGACAAAAUGUACUAUUAGCACAUCAUAUCCCGCGCGACAGCUGUUGUACUUUAAAUUUUAUUACAUCCGGAAUAAUAUCAGGAGCAUGAUUCCCCAAC